UCUGUGGAAGUCGUUUUUGAGACGUAUCCAAAACAUAGCGGCUGUCUAGUCUAUUUGGAAAAGGGCGACGACUGGCCAGUGGCACUGGCAGCGGAAAAAAGUGAUUGUCCUUUGCACCGCAGACCAAUAUCAUCAGACGACGACAGAGUGGUUUGUGAUUUGAAAUAUGGAUUCAAUAUAGUGUAGAAACUUGCAAUUAAAUCUAAUUAGUCCACUCAACUGGAAGCCCGAUAGUGGAUGAAGUCGAAGGAAUCGAUAGGAAUCAAUAAGCUAGCUGUGUAAGGAAUUACCGAAAACAGUCAAAAUGAAUCUUCACGAGCCGGUCGAUAUGUUGAAUAAGACCUUAGAUGAUCUCACGCCGGAGGAAAAGAUGAGGAUCGAACAUAUGAAGCUUCACGAGAAGCAUAAGGGUCAUGAAUCCAUGCAUGCGGAGAUGGUUGUUAUCUUGCUCGUCACACUCAUCAUAGCCCAGGUCGUGCUAGUCGAAUGGAAGAAACGACAUUAUAAAUCAUACUCGCUUAUGACAUUGCUGGCUCUGUGGUUGAUACCAUUCGUGCUGAGUUUGCGAAGUCAGUAUUGGCGAUUUAUUUUCUUCUGGCUGAUAUUCAGCUGCAUCACAGCUUUAGUUAUGCGGAAAGCGAUGAGAAAACCAGUGGCCGGCACCACACCGCGGUUGGUUUACAAAUGGUUCUACUUUAUCUACAAACUUAGCUAUGGUCUGGGAAUCAUCGGCUACAUCAUCAUGAUGUUUACGUUCUUUGGAUUGAACUUUGUGUUCAAUCAAGCCCCGAAUGUGUGGAUGGACGUGGGGCUACUAUUUGUUUUCUACGGACUGUACUACGGUGUGCUUGGACGGGAUGUAUCGGAGAUUUGCACUGACAAAAUGGCUGCACAUAUUGGGUAUUACACACCAAAGGGGAUACCAACGCGUCAUCUGGAACGGAAUGUAUGUGCCGUAUGUGGCAAUCAACUACUGACGGAAGUCAACGAGACGGGUGUUAUUGAAGAUACAUAUAAGUUAUCCUGUGAUCACGUGUUCCACGAGUUUUGCAUACGAGGUUGGUGCAUUAUUGGAAAGAAGCAAACCUGUCCUUACUGCAAGGAGAAAGUGGACCUCAAGAAGAUGUUCUGCAAUCCAUGGGAACGACCACACGUACUGUACGGUCAGCUACUGGACUGGAUCCGAUGGUUAGUGGCGUGGCAACCGUUGAUUUUGUUCAUCGUUCAGGGCAUCAACUGGGCUCUAGGGUUAGAAUAGCAACUUGCGGCAGUGCUUCUUGUUCUCCAUAGAUCACAGCAGCAGCUCCAACAGGAUUCUUUUUCAUCUGCAACCUCGUCGCCAUCAUCGUCAGUAUCUUUUCUCGUAGGAAGCAUCGACACCAAAACACGCGUCCAUCGUAAAAUCGUGUUUUAGAACCCUUUCCUGACCGUUUGUUUUUUACUCGUUUGCGCGAAGGCAUUUUCUAUAUGUUUGGUUCCCAACUUAUUGGUUGCAUGCCAUUUAUGAUACACUGUACAGUUUGAAGCUUGCGAAUAAAUCAGUAUGAUAAUAAUUGCUACAGCGAAAGUAAAGUUGACGUGCGUGCGUAAGCGUGAAAUUAUACGUUUAAAUGUGAGAAAAAAAUGCACUCCAAGUAUAUCAGCAAUUGAAGGGUUAGGUUUCCUUUUUUGAGUAGUUUAUGAAAUUAGUAAAAA